GUCCCCCCCAGCCUUGCGCCCUGCGUUGCCGGGGUAGGCUCCGGUUUGCCACGUCCCCACUCGGGACGAGCUGUUUCAGACUCUCGUGUCUGUGUGUGUGUAUCUCAUCCAUCUACCUAUCGACAGUCGAUUACUUUCGUUCGACGGUCUCGGCACUCUACUGGAUGCCUUUUUCCCUGUGGGCGAACAUGGCGGAGAAGGAAGGAGAACGAACAGCGCGAGACAGCGUGCUUCACAACGACAGCUACCAGAAAACAUGCAUAUUUUGCAAGAUUGUAAACAAAGAAGUAAAAUCAGAUUUGCUGCACUAUGAUGAAGAUCUUUCUUGUUUUCGAGAUAUAAAACCGGGCGCCCCACACCACUACCUGGUGGUUCCCAGCAGACACAUGGGAAACUGCAAAUCCCUGCGGCAGGAGCACGUGCAGCUGGUGGAGAAGAUGGUGGAAUUGGGGAAGACCAUGCUGAAGAACAAUAACGUAAUGGACCUUGAGGAUGUCAGGCUGGGAUUCCACUGGCCGCCGUUUUGCUCUGUCACACACCUGCACCUGCACGUGCUGGCGCCUGCCAGCCAGAUGGGCUUCAUGUCCCGCCUUGUCUACAGACCAGAUUCAUACUGGUUCAUCACGGCUGAUCAACUGAUCCAGCGGCUGAACUCCAUGAGCAGCGAUUCAGCGCAGUGAGGGCCAUUGGACAGAGCCGACUGAGCCUGAAUCUGACUCCAUCUAAACACUGAAUAUUUUCAUUUUCAACUCAAUGCACUUUUCAGACUGUAAUCACUUAACUACUGAAAUUGGUUAUGAUGGAUUCCUGUUUACAAAGGUCUGGAAAUCAACUCAAAAUGAAGAAUAACCAAGUACAUUAUUGUCCAGUGACUGCAGCUCAUUACAGUUACACUCUUUGACCUGAAUCAUUAACAUACAUGUCAGAAGUGUGAAAAAUCUGCAGGUCCUGUGUCAUUGUUCAAUUUAAACUGGAAUUAUAACUCCCUGGAUUUACCCCAAUGACCUUUACAUUUGGCUCAGUUGUGCGAGUUACUGAGGGUGCUAAAAGUCAUAUGCUGAACUAAUUGAGAUUCAAAGCUAUUUGCCAUUGAGAUAUUCAAUGUUAAAUACUAUAAUGAAACUGCAGUGUCUGUCCUGCCAGACACUGCACAGUUAUGAUAAGACUGAGAUUUAUAGACAAUGUUUUACAGCACUCUGUCACCAGUGGAUCAUUGCAUGGACAAAUUUGUGGCAUAUAAGUAGUUAACAUACAAGCCAGUGAUGCUUAGGAGCAUUAAUGCAUUGUGUAAAGUGGCUUGAUGUUUUUAACUUGACUGUGGUUUCUAAUUCCUUGCUUGUGCAUUGAAGAUGAUUUUCUGCUACUGAAAUAAAUAUUGUAUAAAUACUCAGUAUACAAUUGGUGUAAUGGAACUGUUCUGUUCCGGUUCCCCGUAUAGUAUUCUGAUCCUUGGAAGAUUAUGUGAACUAAGAUCUCAGCAUUAACAAAUUUCAAUGAUGUUACUGUUUAACAUGGAAAAAUAUGUUUGGAUGAAGUUUUUAUUCACAAUCCAUUUAUUUUUUAUUAUUACAAAAUCCAUUUACUCAUUCUUCCAUCUAUCAGUUCAAUUCAUUUUAUAGAGUGCUCUUCUCAUGCAGUGACACAGAGUGCUUGAACUUAGACAUAAGGAAAAUAUCCAUUUUCCAUAACUUCUUAUUCAGUGCAGAGUCCAGAUAGAAUGACAGAAAAUUAACAGCUUUCAUUUCUGUAAUCCAAAAACAUUAAUUUUUAUUUAAUAACAAGUAGCGUGUGAACAAUGACAGCUAUUGUAACAGUCUAGCAGUACAGCUGUUGGGUUAUAUAUGCAAAAGAAAACAACAGCUUUCCUGGCAGCCCACUGCUUAUUAGUACAAGUGUGGACUGAGGAACCCUGGCCCCAGCUGUUAAAAUAUGUCACAAUCCUCAGCUACAACUUGAGUUCCUUGACUUGUUGUAUGUAUAACAGGUAGUGGCCAUUAUAUGAAAAUUGAAAGCACAUGAUUUCAGCAUCAUAGCAAAACACCAUUUGCUUUACGUUGAGCCUGAGUCUCUGUUUUCUAGUAUAAAAUCAGUUAUGUUUGUGUGUUCCUAUUAUCACUUCAACCAUUUAUAAAAUAUACCUUUGAUGACUAGUUUGAUUUUGUUACAAACCCAUUAAACCUGAAUUUGCAGAAGGUUAAGCUUAAGCAGGAGUUUCAUCACAAAGCACAAUGGACCUUAAGCUGUCAGGCAGAAAGCAGUACCAUUCAAUACACCAAACUCCACUCACUACAGUGGAACACCAGUCACACAGCUGUCAUGGUUAGAAGUUUAAACUCCACUUACAAGUGUAACUGUUCAUACACAGUUGUAAAUGUGCAGAAACCAGUAAUGCACUUUGAAUCUUUACAAUGCCGCUUGAAAGUAUGUGAACUCUACAGGGAUGC